UUUUCAGAAAACCACGACGAAAUGCAGGCGUCGACAUCACAACAGCCGUUCAUAGGUCCGAACUAUGCAAAGCAUGGUGGCGAGAUCUGCUCGGUUUACAGCCGACCCGAUCAUGGAUCAUCAGGAAAGCUCAUACCACUCGUCGUCAACUGGUAUCGACUGAAGUGUGGUCUAGAAGGGAAAAAGAUAUACAUUUACGAUGUGCAAGUCUUCGAAAUGUCACGUACAAAGAAAGGGUAUCCAAAACGAAUACCUAUAAAGGGAAGAGAUGAGCUGCGUAUUCUGUUUUGGAAUUGUCUGCGAAACUAUUCCAAUAUUUUUGGACCAUACACUCGGACGGUCUUCGAUGACUUCUCCAAAGCUUUCUCUAUGAAUCAUUGGCAUUUGAAAGAUGACAAGGGCAAUGUACAAUUCUUUAACGGACCCAAAAAUGGACCAAAAAAGAAUUAUAUCAUGUCCAUCAAGCUACAAACAGAUCUUAUCUUUAAUCUGUCAAGCAAAGACGACCAACAACGAGAUACCUCCGCUUUGGUGACGAAAACUCUUUUUACACAGCGGGCACGAUAUGCACCCGCACCGAGCGAUAGACGAGGCUGGUCUUUUGUCAAUCAGUGGGAAGUUUGCUAUGGCUCCAUAUAUCGAAUCCCUCGUCUUGGAAGUGAUCCAGAAAUUAGUGUAAAAGUUGGACCGGGAGUGAGAGCAUGGUUGGGCAUAUACACUUCCGUAAAGAAGCUUCAGAAUAACACCCCUGCGCUGGCUUUCGGGUUGGUAAAUCGUCUCUAUUAUGAAUUAGAGAUGGACUUGAUAACUUUCUAUUGCGAUGUUGUCGAAGAGCUGGGCUUGUUCCACGGAAAAAAUAAAAACCGAGCAGAGGUGCUAAAAAGAAUGGGAAUGAACAAGGAACAAAGAAAACAUAUGACAGACCGAUUGAAGGGUGUGCGACUGAUGACGAAGAAGUUUUUGUCAUGGAACAAGCACGACGAUUUUUGGCGGCUGUCUGAACGACGAAUGAUAUUUGUUGAAGUUGCUGGUCAUACACCUAGAGGGCUAAGACUUGGUGAAAUGUCAAUGGAAGAAAUAUAUUAUCGACUAGGAGAACGUCUAAUGUAUCCAAAUCUGCCUCUCUGCAAAGUUAGCAUCGGCAAAAAAGAGUACGAGUUACCUAUGGAAGUGCUGAUCCUGCACGAAAAACCGCAAAGAUACACAAGGACGAUGAAUGCAUUUAUGAAGACGAAUUUUAUCAAAGGAGUUUGUCGCGAACCAUUGGCACACAAAAAGUUGACAGAACGAAUGUUUGAUUGGAUGGAGUAUGGGAAUAUGAACAUGAACUUUCUUCGUGAUUUCAUGUUUAAUGUGAGUCCGUCAAUGAUAGGCUGUGAUGGUAAGGUAUUGGACGCCCCAGCACUUGUUGACAAGGAAGGAAACAGGAUUCCCCUAACGUACAAGAGAGAGAUACGACAAAAGGAAGUGAAUGAACCUCCACUUGGAGACAUAUAUUGCGCUGUAGUGAUAAUGGCAAGAGAGAGGAGGGCUGAAAAGCAGAAUGUCUGCCAAGUAGACGAUGUUGGCACAUUUUUUCUCGAAUUAAUGGAGAAAUGUCGUGAAUGUGGAUUGAACGUCGCUGAACAGCCACUUUUACGAUAUUACGAAAGAGCAGAUGCGACGAAUUUUGAACAAUAUGUGGAUGAUGCUCAAGAGCGAUUCAAGAUGCAAAAUGGGACGCAAAAAAAUUUGCUGCUGCUAGUAAUAAAUGACCGCUAUGAUUCGUAUGGCAAUCGAGGAGGAGCUUACGGGUUCAUAAAAUCAGUAUGUGACAAUAAGUAUGGUAUCGCUAGUCAAGUCAUAGAUGCUUCCACUCUCACGUCAGCAGUUCAGAACACUAAUAAGACCGUUUACGACAAUAUCGUUCUUAAAAUAAAUGCCAAACUUGGAGGAGUAAAUCGUGCAGUUCUUUUUGAGAAUGAAACUUCUGAACCAAAAACGAAAGAUUCAGUGAUGUAUGUCGGAAUAGACGUUACACAUCCGACUGCGAACAGCGGUAUUGACAUCUCGAUCGCUUCCAUGGUGGCAAACUUUGACUUGGCUGCUACGAGGUAUACCAAUGAGAUUUUUGCGCAAAUGAAAGGAAAGGAAACCGUUGAAUGUUUUGAGAGGCAGUUCUGUCGACUGAUGAUUAAAUUUCAUGAGCACUCGAAAGUAUGGCCUCGUCACAUUGUUAUCUUUCGCGACGGUGUCAGCGACUCUGAAAUGCUACGCACAGCAUUCAUCGAGCUGAAGUGGAUCAAAGACUCAUGGAAGAAAAUGACGAUGAUAAGUAACGAUGAUUUGGCUCUUGAUGUGACCUAUACUUACAUAGUGAUUCAAAAACGACAUGUGACACGAUUCUAUCAACCUUCGAAAGACGAGAAGGGAGAGGACACUUACGUGAAUGUGCCAUCUGGAACAAUUGUUGAUAAUGUCGUUGUCUCACCACAGCUAUUUGACUUUUACUUGGCAUCGCAGAUCGGAGCCAUUGGUACAACUCGCCCAGCCCACUACACCGUCGUGCUUGAUGACUGGGGUAUGAGUUCAGAUCAAAUCUAUGAGAUGUGUUAUCGGCUGUGUUUCCUCUAUGCACGAUGUAGGAUACCCGUAUCAUUGCCAUGCCCUGUCUAUUAUGCUCAUCUCGUUUGUGAAAAGGCAAAGGAAGUCUAUAAAACUCUGUGCAAUGAACAUCGAUUCGACCAAUUUGCAGAUGAUGCAGAAGGAGAGGCAUUGAGAAAGAAUGCAAUAGAAAGUUACUUGGCUGUACACAAGGAUUAUCCGGGAAUGCAUUUUGUUUAGUUUGCUAGGUUAAAUCUCUAUGUUGUAUCUACUAGUAGUGCUUACAUAAUCCAGAAAGUAGUAUAAUACUAACAAAUUGUAAAUGGUGCUUUAUGUAAGUAAUUGCCAUAUCUUGACUGUUCAUGAUUACUGAUCUUGUGCUAAAUCUUUUAUAUGUUAUACCUCAGAAUUUUCUUGUACCAUAAUGCUGAGCUGUCAGUCCCACGUCCUUCUAUUUCGGCUUUUUACUCACAAAAUUAUCAGUUUGUUGUUUCUCUUUCAAAUUUGAUCACAAAUACACCAAUGGUUAACCUUUUAGAAAUUUUCGUUUUAUGUUACGCUUUAUUUUCAUAGUUUCUAACUUCCUUACUUCGUACCCUUCCCAUACAAUCAGUAUGUGCAAUGAUUUCUCUC